AUGCCACGAGGAAGCGAAUACAGCGACGAAAAGCGCGCAGCAGCGCUAAUCAUGUUCCUCAUCUUCAAAGCCUCCCACAGCGACGUAGAAGCAAAAACCGGCGUCUCCAAAACCGCCAUCCGCCAACUCUCCUCGCGAGCACACAAAGCCGGCGUGGACAGGACAAGCAUAGAAGAGUUGAUUGUCUUUGCGCGCACGAAACCCAGAAAGGGGAGGCCGAGGAAGGAUGCUGCUGCGAAAACGGACAAGGCAGCAACAGAAAAGACACAGGCACAGGCACAGACACAGACGCGGCAGGAAGAGGAGACAACAUCACAGCAAGCGCUUGAAGGUCAUGCGAUGGUAGCGAACCAGGAACCUCUGGAACCGCCAGCACAUGUGAUAGCUGCAGCCAACGCUCGAGCAGCCGACGGCGAGAACUUGUUCGAGAUCAUCAACACUUGGAACCACCGCAAGAAUGAGGCGAUAAACGCGUCCUAUGCUGCCAUCGCAAGGGAGCAAGCAUGA